CUCUGUGUACAAACUGCCUGGUGCGGACGUGUUUGACAGUUAUUUAAAAAUGGGGUUUUGAAGGGAAACGGAGUGACCGUUAAAUUGUGAUUUUCUGCCUCGAGUUGAUAGAUUUAGGGAUUGUUUUUGUAAUUUCGGUGUUUUUGAAACAUUUACUCAUUAAUAUGUUCAUAACAGAACAAAGCGAGCGAGCAAACAGCAAGACGUGUUGAACACCGAAGUCGCUCUACUAUCGAAAAUCUUACUCGUCUUUAAACAGUUUUGCAACGAGCUGACCAAAGGUCCUUCAGCUGUAGGCGGGUUGACAGCGGAGUGGAGCCUCUUGCUAAUAAACCAUCUUUGAAGCUAACUGAGGCGCUAACGCUAACCGCAGGCAGUGGACCCGGGCAGCGGCGCUCCUGAUCCGGGAUGAUGCCAGGCGACAGCACCAUGACUUCCAUCGUCCAGAGAAUAGCUCGACAGGCUCUGGUCACCUUCAGGAAUCCGUCGGUACUCGGUGAGGAGAACGGGAAGUCUUUCAUAGAGAACCACGGUAAGCUGAAGAGCCUUAUGACGGAAGUCCGAGCGACGGACUUGAAGCUCGUCCCGCGGAGAGCCGACGCCAGCGCGCCGCGUCCGGCCCCGUACCACCACGGAGUGCCGCCGGUCACCUACAUGCACAUCUGCGAGACGGACCAGUUCAGCAUGGGGGUGUUCCUGCUAAAUAACGGCGCCUCCAUCCCCCUGCACGACCACCCAGGCAUGUACGGCGUGCUCAAAGUCCUCUACGGGAAGGUCAGGAUCAGCUGCUUCGACCGGCUGGAGCGGCACGUCGGCGGAACGCAGGCGGCGCCGCAGCUCCCCUCGGCACAGAUGGGCGCUCUGCGGCGGUCCGUGCUGCGGUCCUCCGCUGAGUACACGGAGGAGAGCGGCCCCUGCAUCCUGUCUCCGGACCGGGACAACCUGCACCAGAUCGACGCCGUGGACGGGCCCACGGCUUUUAUGGAUAUUUUGGCCCCGCCGUACGACCCGGAUGACGGCAGAGACUGUCACUACUACAAGGUUCUGACCGAAGCGGAGCCCAAACCCGCGGAUAUAAAGGAUAAGGAGGUCUGGCUCAUGGAGAUCCCCCAGCCUCCUCACUUUUGGUGCGGAGGGGAGCCUUAUCCAGGCCCGGAGGUCCACCUGUGAUCCACCUGGUCCCGGACUGGACUUAAUGAACCUGGGCCUUAUGCAGACUUAAGGGAACUUCUUUCAUUCAACAGAAGCUACAGACCCAAAUUAAAAGUAAUUCUGAGUCAUAAUGUGAGUUUUCUAGCAGCGUUGGUGCAGAUCAUCAUUACACAUUAACAGUUCUGCAGAACCGAUCAGCUGCAUGUUAUGGUUCCAGAGGUUGGGUUUUAUAACAUGGUUUCUGCUUUCAGAAAUGAUUAAACAAUUAGAUCUCUGUGAAACACACCCACGCUCAUCCUGGUUCUGUAGUAAUGUUAGGACCAGGAGAGGAGAUGUUUGCUGCUCCUUAGUAUCUUCAGAUCUCUGAAUUAUUACAUCUUCUUCCUUUUUCUAAAUAAGAUAAAAUCAGGAGAGAGCAAUAAAACGAAGUGGCUCCACAGCCUCACUGUUUAUUUAAUUAAUGGCAUCAAACUCAGAUUCAGGGGUUUGAAACAUCCUGAUAUCAGCAGUUUGAUGGAGAGAGCUUACCAGCCUGAUUUAUUUCCUUUAUCUGUUCAUUGCUUUGUUUUAAUCUACUCAUCUGCAGAUCAUAUUUCAGCUUCCGCUGUGGCAUGAACGUCAGUCUGAAGUGAUCUUUUACAGCUGGCAAUUAUUUGAUAUUUAUUUCAGUGUUUGCAUGGAGGAUGCAGUUGAACCAUAUAAUCUCCAGACUCCACCUUGACUCGUCUUCCUGCUUCCUGUCUGGACUCUGUACACUGCAGCUUUUUCUCUGAGAAGAUCCUCAGGGAACAUGGAUGCGUUGAUUGUUGGAGAGACGUGCGUAAAUAGAAAUCAAGCUUCAGCACAAACCACCUUCAGGACCUGUUGGGAUGUUGAGGUUUUUUGUUGUGUGACCAGAUCUCAGCAGGUGAAGCUGUUUAUGUGAUUCCAAAAUAAAAACCAUGAACCUGG